CCGUCGCACGCUGUCUUUUUCGGACGCUUCAUAACGAGGCUUUAGAUCUGAUAGCGAGCGUCGUGCUCUUUUAAUACCUCAUAAACCCGAGAAUAAAAUAUAUACAGACAGGCUAUCAAACUAAGCGCUGUGAUUUAAUGCAGACUGUGUCCUCCAUGGCAAACGAAUUCCGCGACGACUUCAUCCAGCCUUUGGAGGUGGAUGAAGAGAAGGCAUUUUGGAAAAACGGUAUGAUGAGUUACAUACGACCUGCAUACACCAGCAACAAGUCUUCCCGGCUGCUGUACAUAGUGACGGGGAUCUGUGCUGCAUUGCUAUUGGCCAUCAUCAUCGUCGUGUCUGUCAACAACACGAACGUAGGCAGGAAGUUAAUUGCGUUGGAAGAAAACGCUGCCAACCUCAGUGCUUCAGUGUUCUCAGAAUUGCACGAAUCGAAAGCCGUCGACACGGACGUGCAAGCAGAGAUCAAGAAACUGCAAGCAUCGAUCAUGAAUGCAGAGUCUCAGCUGAGCUUCGUUGGGAAGGCAGCGAAGGUAAUGGAUGAGCUGGAGAGUCUCAAGUCGACUCUGUUUCUACUCAAAUGCAACCUGGACAACUUGAUGAAUAACAUCACAGCAUCACCAACGAAAGCCUGCUGUCCAGAUGGCUGGGUCUACCACUCGAUGAGUUGCUAUUACUUCUCCACCAAUGGCAUGGAGUGGCAUGCAGCCAGAGAUGACUGCAACUCGAAGCAAGCCAUGCUAGCAGUGAUCAACGAGCGGAGCGAAUGGGAAUUUCUCAUCAGCAGAACCGUCCCGACUUACUACUGGAUCGGGCUGACGGAUGAACGGACCGGGCAUUGGGAGUGGGUCGACGGGACACCCUACACAGUGGAUCCCAAAGAGUGGAUGCCGGGACAGCCUGACGACUGGAAGAACCACGGUAUGGGCGGAGGGGAGGACUGCGCGCAUCUCCAUCGCAACGGGAAAUACAACGACGACCACUGCACCAGGUUGUACCGGUUCGUCUGCGAGAAGAAACUGGGCUAGAGAGCAAACCCUGCCUGCCUGCCUGCCUGCCUGCCGUUCAACGCAACCGAACCAACCCUGCGUAUUGCCUCGACUCGAAUGGAACGCAGCAAAGUGAUGACGCUGCAGUGGUGGGCGUGUCAGUGGGAGGAGACAGCGCUUCGCUUUAACCCAUUAACGGCACAUGAGGACAAACUGCUUUGUAAUUUCUUUCUGAGAAUUUUUUUUUUUUUUAAACUGUCCUCAUCGUCAGUUGUUAGUCGAAUUUGCUCUGUUACACUAUAUAUACAGGUACUGGACAAAAAAAAACAAAUGGAAACGCCAAUGUAAAAUCAUUAACAGGGCGCUGUGCCUCUAUGCUAUCCUGCUCUGUGGAGCUCUCGCCGGACUGUUUUUUUUAAUGAAACUGGCCGCUCGCUUCCCGGGUUGAAAUUUGCAGUCGCUUGAUCUGCAGUUGCUCGCCUGUUUUUUUGCCUUCCGCUUUGAAUUAACGCGCGGAUGUCACGGUCCUGGAGUGUGCGCUUCCGCCCGCAGUUGCCCUUCGCUGAUGACGUCAUCCCCUCGGAGUUCCACGCCGACGUCACCUUAGACACCGCCGCUCGUGAAACAUCAGCAAGUUGCGCUGUCUUGGUCACUGAAGCUCCUGCCAAACGCACCCCGACAAUCACCCCUCUUUCAGAGUCGCCGAGGUCUCCUCUUGCAGCCAUGCUAGCCAGAAUUAUAGGCAACCAGGCCUGUCCAGCAUUUUUAUACCUGACCCAAAAGCAUGCUGGGAUGUCAUGUGCUUAAUUAACGCCACACCUGUGUGGAAGCCCCUGCUUUCAAUAUGCUUGGUGUCCCUCAUAUACCCAUUUUUUUGUCCACUACCUGUUAUAUAUAUAUAUAUAUAUAUAUAUAUAUAUAUAUAUAUAUAUAUAUAUAUAUAUAUAUAUAUAUAUAUAUCGCUAUGAUAACUUAACUCUAAUUGUGUUAACCUGCAAAAAGUCAAAUUAGUGUACAUAAAUAAAUGAGGCAACCUGAUAUCGCUGUUAUAGCUGGUCAGAAUUCAUUAACAGAACUACCCAAUCCUUUUUUCCGAUUAACUUCAAUAAAAUACAAAUCUUAUCUUUCGUCA